GUCUAUUAUUUAUGUCGAAUUUCGGAGCCGGACUUCGCUUCGUUGUGUCUCUGGAAAAGUGUUUUCAUGUAUUUAGACUUGGCUAUUCUCAUUCUGUAUUACCGGCAUUAUUCUGAUCUUCACAAAUCUCAUCGGAAUUAGAUCUUACAAGGCGCUCAUCAAUUCCAUUUAGAGUGAUUUCAGUUCUCUCUCUCCUUUAAAGUGGUGCUAUAACGGAUUCGUUACAUAAUCAAGAAUAUUCUACAAGUGAAUCGACCCUGUGUGUGAUGGAAGAUUUCCAGUAAAACCUUGCCAUUGCCCACUUUGAAAAUCAGCUUACGUGAAUAUUACAUGAAUAUUUUACGAUGGAGCCAUGCUGAUUUUAUGGAGGAGACUCGGGUUUAGACGCCUUGCAGUAAUAUCUCAGGAAAGUUAGCAAAGGAUGUAGAUUUCUUGGAUGUACCAGUUACUAGGAAUUUUACAUUGUGAAAAUAUACUGGAAGGGAUGCAAAUUCAGCCUCCAAAAUAAUCUACAUGUGGAUGUAGUUUAUUGGUUGUUGCUCAUUUUUUUGCUGGAAUUGCAUAUUGAAACUUGGAUGAUAACUCCAAUGUGUUGUAUAAUUUGUUGUGACAUUUAAACUGAAAUAGAGGAUCCUAUAAAAAUGAAAAUGGAGUGGACACCAGAGGUUUGGGGACUUAUAAUCUACUGCUUGUCAUAUAGCCAAGUUCUCGCCACCAUCCCACGGUCUUGCAGCACCCAGUUAGCGUACACCUCCCCCUUCGUCCAGGCCUUCACGUCGGACGAGGCAGCGAUCUUCGGCUGCUCCGCCCAGGUGGACGAAACCUCGCGGGAGGUCCACGUCAUCAAUCUCAAGUCCAGCGAAGAGGAUCUUUUGCACACGAACCAGGUGAUGACCAUGAACAUCGGACCAAGAACGUUGCACAUGAGGACUACCAUAGUGGUCCUGAAUUCGGUGCAUCCAGUGACAUGGAAGUUAGUGACGCAGCAUGACGUCGGCCCUCUACUGUUUCAAUUUGUGGUGAGUUUGACAGCAAAAGACGAUGACAACCAAUGAAUAAAAAAAUCUCUA